ACAGUCUUAUGCUGCUGCUCCCUCCUCUCUCCCCUCUCUCUCACCCUUAUAUCAACUGCCAAAGAUUUUGUUAAAAUAAAAAUAAAAAAUAUUUCCCAUCCACCCCAUCAAUAGCCUACACUGUCAUCAGUCAAACGACAGUGAAAAAAAUCCCAUCAAAUUCUCCAUUUCUCCAACCUCUCUCUGUUUUGGCCGUAGCCGUAGCUGUACCCUUAACUAUUAAGGGUGAAAAAUAAUGGAUUUUUUCAAAAGCACCAUGCCCAUUUGCCCUCAGCAUUGUUCACGAUGGGCUAGAGUUUACAUGGAGUAUUGUCUUUGCAAUAUGAAAGAUGGGGUUUCAUUAACUUUAGGUAUGAUUAGUGUUUUGAGUUGGGGUGUUGCUGAGAUACCUCAAAUCGUUACAAACUAUAAGGAGAAAUCCACUGAAGGACUUUCCCUUGCUUUCUUGUUGACAUGGAUUAUUGGGGAUCUUUUCAAUGUUUUUGGCUGCAUGUUGGAACCAGCUACUCUUCCAACACAGUACUACAUGGCGGUGUUGUAUACAAUGACCAGCACACUUCUUACUGCACAAACUGUUUACUAUGGUCACAUCUAUCAUCGACUGAAAAGCAAUAGACGACGCCUCAAGGGCCCUGUCUCCAGUCAUUCUGAAGAGGCUGGAAGAGUUAAACAAGGAAAUAGUGAUGCUGGUGCACAAGUCAACAGUGCUGAUAAACAGAGAAAUGAACCUGCAGCUCCUGAAGGAACAAAUGGUUUGAGUUCACCAAUUCCUUUUCCAACACUUCCUCAAAAAAGUUCCCCUGAAAGAGAUCUAUACUACGCGUCAGCAAGAUCUCUUUCAAGCAGCCAUACUCCCACAGUAGGAUCCUUUUUAGCACAAAGAACGACUCCUCCAUCGUUUUCGAUUAGGAAUUCAAUUGAAGAGCCAUUGCUUGGUGAAGAUGUAGCCACACAAUCUGCACCGAAUUUGAACACCAAAACCAUGCUAUGUGUGGUAUCUGUAGUCACAUUCCUUGGAACACUUAAUCUUCACCAUUCAGCAAACAGCAGGCUUGACAGGGUGUUUGAAAAUAAAAAUCAAGGAAUUUUCAUUCAAGUAGGAAGAAAGAUUUUGCAGACAAGUAGCAUAAUGUCACAUGAAAACGAUAUUGAUGGAAAUGUAAUUGGAACGUUCCUUGGUUGGUCGAUGGCAGCUAUUUACAUGGGUGGACGGCUUCCUCAAAUCUGCCUAAAUAUCAAGAGGGGCAAGGUUGAGGGGCUUAAUCCAUUAAUGUUCGUCUUUGCUUUGGUUGGAAAUAUCACAUAUGUAGCAAGCAUACUAGUCGAUAGCUUGGCAUGGUCAAAGAUCAGAGCAAACCUACCAUGGCUGGUGGACGCAGGAGGUUGUGUGCUGCUUGACACUUGUAUACUGCUUCAAUUCGUCUACUUUCGCUACCGGAGGCGCCAAGUAGUGGAGGACAAGCUACAAAGCUCCAAUGGAGCUUAGAUAGUAAUGAAACAUGUUGACUAAGGCAUUGUAAUAGAUCCAUGGCAUCUCAACAUUCAUAGCCUCCCAUCAAACUUGAUCAGGCAUAAGCCUUGCUGCAAAUGGCCAUCUUGCGGUGAUAAUAACUCUUCAUUUGGAUUUUGUUGGGUGAGCUAAGCGAUAGAAGUUCUGAUUGUUAUUUACCGUUUGGACUUCCAUGGUAGAAGACCACCUUGUAUUUCUCCUCCAAUCUGGUUCAUUCCUUCGUUUUUUAGCUGUCAGAAAAUGGAUGGGAACUGACUCGAUGAGCCCCAACUCAUUUUCUUUCUUCCACCCCGUUUUUCAUUCAAUUAUGAGUUGCGUGAAUUUCAUCGUACUUAUUAAACCUCGUCCGGUAGUUUAACCUGCCGACUCUAAACUAGUUUUAAGUUGUCUUUUCUUUCAAAUAUAGACACGUCCACUUAUGUCCUAGGCAACAGCAAGGCCGCCUUUACUACAAAUCUCCAUUCAAAUUUCAUGGAGUCUCCAUUUCCCUACUUGCAAAAAGAUUCUUAUACAACAUGGCUCGCCAUCUUUCCCUUCCUUAAUUCCACUGCCUCUAGAUCAUCGCUUACGAUGCCUGUAGCACCACAUCUCUACAAAUGAUCCAUCAAGGUACUUGCCCUCAAAUGUUUAUUACCUCUAUGGUUUGCUAUAUUUGAUUGAUCAUUGAUCCUUUCAAAAUAAUCAAUGUUCCAUCUAGAAUCGUAAAGGGAUUCUCGGACCCUUUUGUGUAUCAAAACUAACUACUUUCUGAUCUGUCAAGUAAAUCAUUCACAACCAGACAUGAGUAUAUUUAUCUAUUGAAAGUGAGGUUCUGGAGCAUGUCUCAGAGGAUAGAAGUUUGAUGAGUUAAGGUUUUGUUUGGUAACGCGGUGCAAACUGUAUGAUUUUCUGUGAUUUUUUUA